CGUAACGUAUGUAUGCGACCCCAGAACGGACUGCUCCCUGCUGAUCUCAUCGGUUAAUGGACUACUGAAAGGAUGAGGGUUUGAGAAAACACAUUAUUGUUACCGAAUACCGUGAAGCCAGUGUAAUGCGAUAGUGAAAAGAUCUUGUCUCUCUCGCCACGCGCAUGGCGCGUUAGGGGAAACUGUAGGCUACAGCUGUCUGUCCGGUCAGCUGUUUUUAUAUACCGAGAGACAGCAGCAUCACUAGGAGGGCACGAGACCACAGACUAGUCUAUACCGGCGCCCCGGACCCCCACAGACCAGACCGCCAGGACUAACUGAGAGGACAGAGAGAGGAGGGCAGAGAGAGAGAGAGGAGGAUGGAGUUUAAGCAGCUGGUGGAGGUGGCGGAGAAAUGGUGUUCGUCGGUUCCGUUCGAUCUGAUCUUUGCAGAGGAGGAUGAUGAGAGGAGACUGGACUUCUACGCAGAACCGGGAAUCUCAUUCUAUGUCCUUUGUCCCGAUAACAUGACGGGAGGGACCGAGAAUUUCCAUGUAUGGAGUGAGAGUGAGGACUGCCUGCCAUUCCUACAGCUAGCCCAGGACUACAUCUCCUCCUGCGGGAAGAAAACACUGCUAGAGGUCCUGGACAAAGUCUUCACUUCCUUUAGACCUUUGCUGGGUCUACCAGACAUAGAUGAUGAGACGUUUGAGCAGUACCAUGCAGGCGUGGAGGAGGAACCAGAGCCGGAUCACCAGCAGAUGGGAGUCAGCCAGCAGUGAUGCCUACAGAAGAGGUGUCCGACCGGGCCACAAUAAUUACCCACGCCUCUGGUCUCAUCCCCUGCAUCAAUACACAGGCCCAACGACCCUGUAGCGACUAUACAAAGUCAUAAUGUAUACUCAGAUUCAUAAUGUUCACAUACACAGGACAGCCGGACAGCCAGCCUGCUGAAAUGUACCAUUGCAUUCUUUAACUUGUCAAAAGCUUUGCUCUCCAGAUAUUGCACUCCUUCUCAUGUCACACACACACACACACACACACACACACACACACACACACACACACACACACACACACACACACACACACACACACACACACACACACACACACACACACACACACACAUAGCCGUGCCAUACAACAUUAUUAUUAAUGUCAUUCAUACAGCAGGCUACAACAUAUAGUUUCUAUUACUAACCACCACCAUGCUGGUUCUAGCAUGAUAAACAUGACACUCUCCAACCUUGCUCAGCAUAUCCACCUAAAGACAAACAAUCAACUAGUCUAGCAGCAACAACAUACUCCCUCCCCAGCCUGGCCGCCCAGACAUAGCAGAGCACUGUCACUGUCAACCAUGUAACACCUGACUGGAACCAUCCACUGUACCACACAAUGCUAGCCAAACCAGCACAUUGUUGUGACCUUGUAACAAUGUUAGCGGUGAAAAUAGAGGGAGGAAUAGAGAAGAAAUGUAAUCCUAUGUUAGAAACUGUCCCUUAUGUACUGCUGUGAAGUUGGCCAAAAGCUGCUGUAUCUGUGUGUUUAUUUCAUAUUGAGUGUGUGUGUGUGUGUGUGUAUUUGUGCGUGUUUUGUGUGGGUGUGUGCGUCACCACCAUCAGUGCACUGCUAUGCUUUUACUAUCCCCACGGACCUGAAGGAGUAGGAUGAAGUUGUGUUUAGACACUGAUCCGAGGUCAUUUUUCUCCGUUAUUGGGAUUGGGGAAAGUAAACUGUUCCUAGAUCUGUGUCUACAGGCAACGUCUACCUGCAGCGGCCUUCUUCCACCUUACUAAACUAGGCCUACACUUGUUACUCUCUCUGAACAUGGCAACUACGAUAGAUGUAAGUCUCUCUCCGAAUGCUUUUAAGUCUUUACUUUGGCUUAUGAACACAAUUUUUAGUUACAUUAUUUAACUGAAUGUUUGUCAUGCUAAUGUGUGUUUUUAUGUUCUGUCCUCCAGUGUGUGUGAAGGUAUUCAAUAAAUAAAUGUGUGGAGGGA